AUGAACUUCACGUUAAGUAAUAUAAUAGGCAGCACAUUAGAUCCCGGGCAGCAGGUCAUCCUUCAGAAAAACCUGUCAGUUAUAUUACGUUACGAUGAGGUAUGUUCUUUAGCUAGUAAGUUAAUUUAUAGCUGUGAUUAAAAUCAGCCGAGAAGGGAUUGAUUGAAAACUGCUUCUACUGUUUUAGGAUAUUCUUGUUUUUUCUUCGUAAUCUGAAACAUUGCGAAAUCAAAGAAAACUCAGUUAGUGGCUUGCAGAACUCACCACGAUGUAGACUGCGAGCUGACUCUUAUUUCUCCUUUGAGUCACAGUAGGUCGAGCGCAUGCGUGAGGGGUGAGCGGCUAAGCCGCGAGGAAGGAGGGCAGUCCUUUUUGCCAUUUAUACAACUACAUGAGAAAUUUCUGCAAUUUGAUUGGCUUAAAGCAGUGGUGUUGAUCAGCUUAAUUUGAAAUACCUACAUGUGAAAAUUACAAACCUUUUGCGGGUAGUGGUAUAAACAUAUAAUAGCAUGAUUUGUGCGUGAUAUUUGGCAUAAAUACCACACGUGAUAUUUCAAAAUUGUCUCAAAUUUCGAAACAAUUUCGAAAUAUCACUCGUUGUACUUAUGCCAAAUAUCACUACAAAUCAUGCUAUUACCUGUACUAAUUUGCAUAAUUUCAAUUUUUCGCUCGCCGCGCGUGGCAAUGAGGUAAGAACCUGACGACCACUCACAGUCUAGCCACGAUGUAACCCCUUAAUAAGGCGUUGUAAAAUUAUGCACUUUCUUUCUUUUGUGUUUAGUUUGUCGCUUUACUUAGUUCCAGAUAUAAAAAUAUUCACGACGCCGACGAGUCAUUCACCUUUCUAUGAUUUUUGUUAGUUAUAUCUUACCUGAAACUUUACAUGUCUUUUUUAAGGGAUUAGAGGCACAUUGUGUCUUCUGGGAUUUUUCUGCCAAGUAAGUGUGACAGAAUUUUUCAAUACGCACCUAAAAGGAAUUAACAACAUCAGGGGUUAUUAGUAUGAGUUGAUUUAUAGUUAUUGUAGAUAUAUAAUAAUCAGACAAUUCUAUACAUUAUAUAUUUCGCUACCGACUUUAAUGCCGUUAGGGUUGAUAAACUGCUGCCCUUUGAUUGGCCUUUCCGUUAAGCAGUCAUUAUCCGAAACUAUAUUUCAGAUCAAAGUUCAACGGUUCUUGGUCAAGCAAAGGAUGUUCAAUGGUCAAUAGAACCAAAACGGAAAUCACAUGCACUUGUAACCACCUCACAAACUUUGCUGUUCUUAUGCACGUUGGAGCAGACAAUGAGGUUAGUUGGAGCAGCUUUUUGGCUUGUUUUCCGCAUGUCCCAAUACAAUAACAACCCGCGAGUAAGAACCGAGAUUUUAAGAACCGUUUAGGCUAGAAUUUGCUAGUUAGGGCACCUCUACACAAGCACCUGUAGCCUAAAAUGUGAAACAGGUUCUAUAAAAUUUCUCCCAAUUUCCAUACAUUGCUUUGUUGUUGUUGUGUUUCUUGGUUAGACCCCCCUACAUAUAUAAGAACCUGUUUAGCCUAAAAUGUGAAACAGCUUCUAUAAAAAAUUCUCUCAAUUUCCAUACAUUGCUUUGUUGUUGUUGUUGUGUUUCCUAGUUAGGCCCCCUCUACACAAAAACCUGUUUAGCCUAAAAUGCGAGACAGGUUCUCUAAAAAAGUCUCUCACUGAUUUCCAUACAUUGCUUUGUUGUUGUUGCUGUGUUUCCUAGUUAGGCCCCCUCUACACAAGAAUCUGUUUAGCCUAAAAUGUGAAACAGGUUCUAUACAAAAUUCUCUCAAUUUCCAUACAUUGCUUUGUUGUUGUUGUGUUUCCUAGUUAGGCCCCAUCUCAAGCACCUUUUUAGCCCAAAAUGUGAAACAGGUUCUAUAGAAAAAUUCUCUCAAUUUCCAUACAUUGCUUUACUGUUGUUGUGUUUCCAUGGUUGAUGUACCGCAGGAUUUAUCGCUCCAGCGCUGGAUCAGAUGCUGUACCUGCGAUUUAUAGCUAUUAUCUCUCUGACUUAGCGCAGAUUUCCAGAGAGGUAGAUGUGAAAAUAUAGAUAUCUUCCAUAAAUUUCAAAAAUUUCAAUCUAUAGUUAAGCUACAAACUGUUAUUUAAACGAUAUUAUUUCAUAAGAGUUUAAUCAACUGUUGGAGCUGAGACAAGGCAUUACGAUACAUGUAAAAUCACAAUAAAAUUCAUGUUUUCACUGAUCAGUUGUUCUUCUUAAAUUGAUUUUUACAUAAAUUUUAAUUUAAUGUGCAGAUUUGAUAUAAAGAAUAAACUGCAUACCUCUAAAUAUUCAAUGUAUUUUUUCUUCAGGAAAUAAGAACUUAUCUAAGAACCUCAAAUAGCCUAAAUUUGUGCUAAUUAUAAAGCCUCGUCACCAGGGCUUUUCCCUUAAGGGAAAAGCCCUGGGGACAAGGUUGCUAAUUAUACCAUUUAUGUAAGAACCUGUUUGGGCUAAAUUGGGAAAAAAACAUGUUCUUGCUCGCGGGUUUUUACUGUACCAUGAAUGUUAAGAUAAAUAAGGAGAGCAUCUACAAUCGUGGGGCCAUGAACCCAUUUAAUAUUGUCAUUUAAUAUAGUUUUAGUGACUCGAGUAAUAAGGAGGCCAUGCCUAUAUUUUCGCCAUUGAGAGUACUUCUUUGCGAAAUAAAAAGGGGCCCUGAUGACUCUUGCCACUAUUUGUCUUUAUUGAUUUGGCGUAUUUGCAAACAGUUUUUCCAACAGGUUCCAGCAGAUCAUAAGGUGGCAUUAAAAGUCAUUACUUACGUUGGGUGUGCUCUGUCGCUUAUCGGAGAAGCACUCACCGUUGUUGCAUAUUGCGUCCUCAUGUGAGUUACAAAUAAUAUACCGUUAUAAAAGAGCUCAGACAUUUAGAUUUGGUUUUUGUAAUAUCCGGAAUGAUCAAGGUCGAGGUAAGCGUUUUUAAUUCACGCAUCUUGGUUCCAAAUGCACCGAGCAUAACACGGCUGGGGAAGAGUGAAACCAAGAUUGUCGCCUGAAAUAAACAGUAAGCGCUCGAACAGACUAGACGUUCAACAGAAAAAUAUGGGGCUGUAAGAAGUCUAUCGUCCAACAAGCGCUUUAAACAGAUUUUUCAGCACCAAAUGUUUAACCAUAGCAUAUUAUUAAAAAGUGCUUUGUUUCUAAACUAUAAUUGAAUUGAAUCUUUAGUUAAUACUUAGUAAAUGCAAAAUUAUGACAAUAACAAAACCACAAGGGAGGAGAACGAGGAGUCAGCCGCCCUCUUCACAACCCCUCGUCGCGAAAUUAGGCUCUGGAUUAGCUUGUGAGACGUUCAUUUAUGAUUUUUAAAUUAAGAAGCACCUUAACAUGGGAUUUUCCCGCUUUGAAAAAAAUAACGUACAUGUCAACGGUGUUUUUUAUCAUUUUUUGCCUCGUUCAGGGAUUUGAAAGAAGACCAAACUCAAAUCCGCUUUAACCUUGUGGUCGCCAUAGCGAUAGCACAAAUCACGUUUCUUGCUGGAAUUGAUGCCACAGAAGUUAUGGUAAGCUAAAGAUGUUAGUUAAUCCGAGACACACAAGGACAGUUUUCUGUAAAAUAUCUGUUCGGAGAAGCACAAAUUGCCUAGAAGUUUCUAUACCUUGCGGAAGACUAAGAAUUUCUAGAUGACCGUUCCUUUCAUGUACUACAAUUUUCGAAGCAUAAUUUUAUCUAAUAAAUUCCCUACGAUUUUCUGAAGUUUAAUUUUUGGCAUUUUACCCACCAGAUUUCGGAUUCGAAAAUGCGAUGGAAAGAGGAAUCAGAAAAAUUCUCUCUUCUUCUCUUAUCUAAAAUUUUCGGUAAGAUAAUACUGCAGCCGUGGUAAUUUCGAAAAGACUCAAGUUGCCCUAGGAUGACCGAACAGAUAUAAAUUUUAUCGCGCUGAUUAGAAUGUAUUUCUACAAGAGAGGAUAAAGGGGACAGAGAAGGCAUCCCUCAUACACACCCUAUUCCAUAGGUAAUUCAUUUCGAGUUAUUUUUAAGACCACAGAUCCCGAGGGGGAUUAGACAACAGCCAAUCACAUAGCGCGAAUGUGUUCCGCGUGGAUGACCCACGCGUCCUUCACGAAUUGACGCAGAACAAAAUGGCGGAAGAUGCGGAGAGCGAUAUUGCUAUUCGUUGUGUCGACGAAAACGACUACAGAGAGAUUUCUGCUAAAGCUGUGUCAGUGAAAUGGAAAUUAAAAAAGAAUUGCUCUUCCUCUCUUGUAUAGAGCUAACAGUACAGCAUGGAAAUCCUUAACACACUGAAUAUUCUCUCAGGAUCAUUUAUAAUUUACAGUUUGAAGAGAGCAAUUUCUGGUUUGCUAUUUAUUCUUUUAUUAGUCUUUUAUUAUUCAACAAAAAUAACACUUGGCGUCCUACUUGCUUUAUUGUACAAAUGACCGGUUUCAAUAGACCGUCGAAAUUUCUCAUUUUAUUAAAGCACUGAGGUUACGCCAACUUUGAGUUAAACUGAUUUCACGGGUUGUCAAAGAGUCCAGCGAUUCCGUUUUCCCAGGUGAGCGCCGACUCAUUUCGCUUCAAUAUUCAGGAAUGCUCUGGAUCUCUUUACGCUUUCAAUGCCUUUCGCCCGACGUGUUUUGCACGGCGUUUAGUCAUGCGAAACCUCCACGAAACAUCCACGCAGCGCGCGAGGUAACUUUAUCCCGAUUCUAAAAAUAACUCGAGACGAAUUACCUAUGGAAUAGAGUGUGUAUGGGGAUGCCUUCUCUGUCCCCUUUAUCCUCUCUUGUUUUCUAAAGGUCUAAAAGUACUCUGGACAGCAUGAAAAGUGUUUGUAAUGCAUUUAGGAGAAAACCGUCGGUGGGUGCCCCUGGUUAAUCUGAAAGAUAAAGAAAUAAUGAGCAUUUUCUUAGCUUGGAUGAUAAAUUCGUUCGAUUGCCAAAACGUUUAGCAACAAAAAUAAAAAAUGAAAGACCGUUGGAUGUAAUCGAGUUGAGUCUUGAAUAACUCAAUUUCAUUAGAUGGCAUAUUCCCGGCACCUCGAUUUUACGCAAAUGCGCUAAAGGGACAGGGUGGCAAAGGGUAGGGGGAGGGGAGGGGAAUACCUAUCACGCAUUACAGGGUGAUAAAAUAAAAUAUUAACUACAUUAUACAAGUAUCAGGAGCCUAUCCUAUUGUCAUGUGAUCUGAGGAAACAGAGGUCGAGAAACGAGAAAAAAGUGCAAGAAGUUGGUGUCAUAACUAUAUAUUUUUUAUGUCUCUUAGUCUUCUUCUAGUUUCAAAUGAUAUCGACCAUCGCAGAAAUUUCAAAGGAAAAUCACGCGUUACGCGUUGUUAAAAUAGUAAAUCAUGCAUCACGCUGCCAGGCCAAAUCACGCCUCACGCGGUUAAUUUAAUUGACCACUCCAGAAAAUACCAUAACGUACCAUAACGCUCUUUGUUUGUCACCCCAAAAUUUUGCAUAAGCAUUGUUUUCAGUUUUUCUUGGGGCCAUUUUAACUCCCAAGAGAAACUGAACACAAUACUUAUACAAAAUUUUGGGGUCACCAACAAAGAGUAUUAUGGUAUGUUACGGUAUUUCUGGAGUGGUCAAAUGGGUUCGAUCACGCGUCACGGAAAAUCCCUUUGCCACCCUGAAAGGAUAAAUUGGGAGGAAUGGAGUUUGAUUGCACUGACGUUUAGCGAUGGUUCAACUUCUGUAUAAUAUUUCGCAAACAUGGCAGUCAAGUUUAUUCUGUCACUUUCUAAGGAAAUAAAAAUUGUCCUUGAUAGAUUUUUUCGGCUGCUAUGAUUAGUAUAGGAAACAGGUAUACACUAGGUCUGGGUCUAAGGUUACAUAGGAUCAAGUGGAGUGUUAUUGGCAGACACACGACAGUGCCUAAAACUUGUGGCUCAGUGGUCGAUUGCGCUUUAGUUCUCUUUAGUGUCUUUGGCUUGUUUGCAUUACAUCAAGAGUUUUUUUCUUUUUCCUUUUAUUUAUAUAUUUUUUGUGGGGUGGGGGAGGGGGUGGUAAAAAACGUGCCGUUAUGGGCAAUUUGAUCACGGUGAAUCCCAUUUCUUAUAGGAACUGUGUGUGUUUGUAGCAGCCAUGAUUCAUUACUUCUAUCUGGUGGGAUUUGCUUGGAUGUUAUUUGAGGGUGUUUAUCUGUAUCUGAUGGUUGUCAAAGUGUUCAAUACGGUCAUCAGAUUGCGGUUGUUCUAUGGAGUGGCCUGGGGUAAGUAUUAAAGCAAAAGCCUACUACAGAAAAUUGCCCGUUGGUAGAUCCAGUCAAGAGGUCGUGACUUGUAAGUCCCUUCCGGGAUCAAAAGCAUUUCGUUAAUUGACCACUCUAAAAAUGCCAUAACAUACCAUAAUGCUCUAUGUUUGUCACCAAAAAAUUUUGCAUAAGAAUUGUCUUCAUUUAAACAUUUUAACUCCCAAGAGAAACUGAAGACAAUGCUUAUGCAAAAUUUUGGGGCGACAAAUAAAAGAGCAGUAUGGUAUGUUAUGGUAUUUUCUGGAGUGGUCUAUUGAUUCCUGGUUUAUCUAGUUACUUUCCUUACGUACUUACAAGGACUUGCAAUUGAGACUUGCUAUUCAAAGGAAUUUGUACAGUUUCUCACUUCUCAACACCACAGUUCUCAUAAGAGUGCUACACUGACAUAGCUGACGUAACCCAACUGAGCCUAACUUUUCAUUUUUCUCUUUUUCGUUUUCAAUCAAACCUUAGGCGUCUCCCUUUUGAUUGUGGUUUUAUCGAUAGUGAUUGCUUCCAUUCAAGAUGGCGGGAUAGAAAGCUAUGUUCAUGAUCAUUUGUAAGUAACCAAACCAGAUCUUAAUACUACAGAACAAAACGGAGCAAGAAAAACUUGGAGGUUUCAAGAAUCUGUUUAUUUUUUAAUUACCAUUUUUUAUUUAUUUAUUUAUUUAUUUAUUUAUUGCAAAGUUACUUAUGAAAUUGAUUGAUGAACAGGUUAUUAAAUCGUCACCAGACUUGAAGUUACUGGGAGUAACAUUAGAUGUUGAACUUAGUUUUAGUGCUCAUAUAAGUGAUAUAUGCAAAAUGGCAAGUAAGAAAGUUGGUGUUCUAGUACGUCUUAGAAAUAUGAUUCCGAGAGAAGCCAAGUUACAAUUGCACAAAUCGGCAAUUUUACCUAACUUAACAUAUUGUCACAUAGUGUGGCAUUUUUGCAAAGCAUCUAAAGCAAGAAAAUUAAAAAGAGUACAACAACGGGCACUACGUGCUGUAUAUAAUGAUAGGAAUGCUCCGUAUGAGGAACUCCUAGAGAAGGGAAGACUCUCUAGUCUUGAGAACAGACGGUUACAAGAUAUACUAAUUUUAAUGUAUAAGGUUAAAAAUUCACUAGCUCCAGAGCAUGUAUGUAAUAUGUUUUUUCAGCAAGAUAAGCAUUAUAAUUUACGAAGUGAUUUUCCUGUUCCGAGAUAUAAUACUGUUAAGUAUGGCAAGCACAGUAUCAGAUUUUUAGGCCCACACAUAUGGGGCAAGAUAAGCCAGGAACUACGCAGUAAGACCAGUCUUCAGGCAUUCAGGAGAGGGGUGCGUGCUCUCAAUGUGCUUGGCUUGCUGGACGGUACGUGUGGCUGCUGUGCAUGCUCAUCUUAGGGUGGUGGGUAUGCAUAUUGGCCUCUGCUGUCUGGCUGCCCUGGUGUAUUGAGAGUGUGCUCCCCUAUCCUCUAUUUAAUUCGUCUAAUUUAAAUUGUCUAGACUUUUAACUUUCUGAAUUUUGUAUUUAUUGUUUGACUGCUGCUUAUGUGUUUGUCCUAUAUUGUCUGUUUGUUUGUCUGUCUAUCUGAUUGUCUGUUUUGUCUAUCUAUUUGUUUGUCUUUGUUUGUUCCUUUUCCUACUGUUUGUCUGUAAUAAUUUUAUAUAUUGAUGUUAUUUUUAUAUAUUAAUGAUAUUUUAAGAAUAUAUUUUUACAUAUACUUGAUUUAAUCUUAUAUUAUAUUCUUCUUAUUUAUUUAUAGUGUCCACAAUUAGCUUUUUAGCUAAAUACCUUGACACUUUAAUAAAGUUUAUGUAUGUAUGUAUGUAAUUUGCCCAAACUGCCUUUUUCAGAGGAAUUAUUAUGAGCACGUUCAUGUUACAGGCCUAAACAAUUGGUUUUCAAACAAUUGAAAAUUUUUAAAUAAGUCUUCGUAAGCUUUUUCUUCAAUAUUUCCAAUUUUAACCGUCAAGUUUUAUCAAGCAAUCCUUUCUUAGAAACACCUUGAUUUUCUUUAUUUUUUUCAGUUGCUGGGUUUCCUUCAAAAAUAACCUUAUCUGGACGUUUGUUGCGCCUGUUCUCUUAGUUUGCACGGUAAGUAAGAAAGUGAAAAUGUUCCAUAAGUGAAUAAGUUUGUUAAGAGAACAAGUUAAAAAAUGAUUGCUUACAGAAUAUUGAGGCUCAUCUGUAACUGAUUAAAAAUUGAUAUAAUCAUCAAAUAUUUGCCAUGAAAAUGUAAGACGUGAAACUGAAAUUAAUAACGGUUCAUGUAGAAAAAAGAAAACCAGAAUAUUUAGCUUCCUUUCAUAUCAUAGUCUUGGAGGAUUACAAUAAGCCCAUAAAUGAACUGAUAGCGGCUACCAGUGCCGCCCUUGCAUGCUGACGUCAGAGCUUACUGCUAACAUGUAAAUAUAUACUGAAAAGAGGACACGUUUAUUGUCCUCUUAUCCACGGCAUUUCAUUUAUUCAUUCAUUUGCGGGUAAUAAACACAUCUGGGAUUGAUCGCUGCGGUGGAGGGGAGGCUGUGACGUCAUACUUGGUGUGAUAUGCUUGAGAUGUUUCAUACGUCCGAGCUUUGACCGAUUAUUUAUCGAUUAUAUUUUAUGUUUUCAUUUAUAUAUAUAUAUAUAUUUCAUAUAUAUAUUAAUAAUCACAGGAGUUCAGGCUUCAUGAUCAGGAGUAAUCAUUGAUCGUUUAUUGCGACAGUGCUGUUUCGUAUGGUCCGAAAUUGUAGGACCACACUCAUCAGGCAACUUCAACGAUUGACCGUUAAAAUUAAAAGCUGGCAGUAAAUAUAGGGAUGCGUUAAGAGAUAGUAUCUAGGUAACAGAUGGAUUGUGUCUUAGUUACGUUACUCUAGAGUUCUGAAGUACACCUGAAGCCUGAACUCCUGUGAUUAUUAAUAGUCAAUGCUCUUCAAUUAAAUGAAUUGAGCGCUCUACGGAAUACGUUCUACCCAGAAUACAAGUAUAUAUAUAUAUAUAUAUAUAUAUAUAUAUAUAUAGAUAGAUAGAUAGAUAAAAGAUGAACUUCUGGAGUCGGACUAGUUCAAAAACAUUUAAUCGCUACUCGGAGUUUCAUGCCUCUAGAGAAGCAAUCAUCAGGCGACUGACAACAUUAGCGGUCACAUGUAAAGAUAUACAAAUUUGAAAAGACGUAAGAAUUCUGAUUGGACGGCUAAAAUGCUUAACGAACAGGUAAAUCUAUAUUAGGUUAUCGCGGUAUUUAAAAGAAAUUUCUUAGAAUGUCUACAGAUCGAUGACAGUUCGUUUCUACGAUUGAGUGUCGACAUUUCCGGUUUGCAAAUAAUAAAGUAUUUCUCCCACAGGCAGAGAUUACAUUUCUUGUUGACAUUAGAGUAAGACCUAGCUUGCUUUACUUUUCUCCACUUAAUUUGGUAAUCAAUUUUGCGUUGUUUUAGGUUCCAUACGUAUUUGCUAAGCUCUGUGCUAUUCUUGUAUCUUUCGUUCCUGAAAGAGCAUUUAUGGUUAUUGAAUCGUUCCUUAAACAUCGUGUCACAUAGGCCGACGUACGUUUCUUUUGACUGUGGAGUCGUGACCUCUGCUUGGUAUACAAUGUUCUGGAUUUUGCAAUUUCCCUAUAUAUAUAUAUAUAUUUAUUCAUUUAUUUGUUUAUUUAUUUAUUUAUUGUAGUUCUAUUUUCAAGACCUGAGAGAAAGAAAGAAACAGGGUCCAAGGUUUCUGCCAUUAAAAGAUAUCUUAUUCUCAUGCAUUGUUUCCACGCAGAUAAACUCAGUUUUACUUGCCCGAGUGGUUCAUGAGAUCCUAAGAAUGCAAGCCGACAAAACACCUCAUCUGGAAAGAGUUCGACAAGGAGUUAAAGCAUGCGUAGUUUUGUUUCCUCUUCUGGGACUGACCUGGGUGUUUGGUUUCCUAAGUGUCACAGAUGCUGGACUCGUAUUUCAGUACAUCUUUACCAUCUUCAACUCUUUGCAGGUAUAGUACUAGAAAAUCCAACAUGUUAACUUUUUGAGUAGUUUGAGGAAACAGUCGACAUUUCGCAGGGGCACUCAAAGAGAAUAUAGUUCAAAACCACUUAAAAAUAGCAUUGUUAAACGUAUUUAGUAUUUAGACGGUAGAUAUAGGCAUAUUUUUAUCCCCUAAAAAUUUUUCAUCUGUUCGGCUUUCCUAGCUGAAAGUCUAGUGAUGGGAUCAAAACUCACCUUUUCAAAAAUUUCAGCAAGAAAAAAGGCUCCCGAAAAUUUUAGGUGACCUUUUUAGGGUAAAAAUCCGUUAAAAAUGGGCAAUUAUACCAUUUUUUAGAUGUUCGAAAAUCCUAGGAGAGGCAGGCAAGCAAGAAAUUUUACAAAAAAUGUUCCGAAAAUUCUAGAUCUCAAAUCGUCUUCCGAACAGAUUUUUUUUUUUUUUUGAAAAUUGGCGUUGGGUGCCCCGAUUUCGCGACGCCACCACUGGUUUCCCCAAGAAAUGACGUUUGGCGAAGAACGUCCAUACUGAUGACGUGUCAGAAACCCACAUCUGGGAAGUGCUUCUAAUUGGAUGAAGCAGAUUUUAAUUUAAUCAGAAGCACUACCCAGAUCCAGGUAGUGACGAGUGAUCAGUAUGGAAUUGCUCCGCUAGUUUAUCCAACGUCAUUACGUAGGGAAACCAGUGGUGGUGUCGCACAAUGUCCGCUGUUUUCUCAGGCUAACUGACAGCGAGCAAAUAUUAUUUUAUCAAAUCUUAGCUUGGUGGCUAAAAAAGCCGUUUUAAUUCACUCAUUCGUCCAUUUAUUUAUUUAUAUGUUUUGCCACACAAGCAUUCGAAGUUUACUCCAGACUUUGACAGUAGUGUCAAGGAAUGUAGCGAUCGAGAGCAUUAACAUGAACCUAGAAUAGUAGAGAUGGGGGGCGGUACCUGAUACUAUGUACUGCGAUUAACCAUUGACUAUAAAUUUUGCCUUCAUUUCUUCUUUUCUCUCACCCUUAUGAAGGAACUUAACUUUCUUUUUAUUUAUCGAUACACACAUUUUUAGGGUUUGUUCAUCUUCAUACUUCACGUUUUGAGAAACAGCGACGUACGUGCAGCAUACUCUAGAAAAAAGCAGAAGAGAAAUGCGGCAAAAAGCGUGAAAAACUCUCAAGAAAACCGCAAUAUUGUGGUCAAGCAAAGUGACGAAUGAACCAAGUUGUACAAAAGAACCUAGCAGUGCCUCUCUAAGAUCGUCGACUGGAAUAAAAAGCAAGAUUGACAAUGCCCUGCACGAGGAAAGAACCAUGACUCCCGUUGACACGUGACUGUCACGUAGACUGCACGCAAAUUGUUUUAGUAGCCACUGUUAGAAAAUAGAGUAUUGGCAAGUUUUCAUUAUACGUUUAAUUCUUUGGAAAUAGCAUAAAAAUCCCACAAAGAACUUCUGUUGACACGUGACUGUUAGUAGGCCAUUUCCGCGCGAGUUGCUCCACUGAGCUUCUGUUUUGAAGCGAAACCAAGUCGAACCCACUGCUGUGAAAAUGAUGUUUUACUCUCAUGAGGCAAAAGAAACCAGGAAAGGUUUUGCACUUAGCCUCGUUGGAUACCAACAUUAUUACUUUGUUGCUUAUGAAACGCUAUGUUUCUCCCGAUGAAUCAGAGUCUCAAAGAGCAAAAACUUUUAAAUUCAAUCGAUCAUGAGUUGACAGGUUGUCUUAGUAGACUAUAUACUUAUUUUAGACUUACUUGGAAAUUCAUAAGGCCUUUAUUCAAGCUAUUCUUAUGUCAUUCCAUGCUGUAGUGAAGAGAGAUACCC